AGAAUUGAUAGCAACUGUACACAAAGUCACAGAACCUCUUUCUCAGAGAGACCCCCACUUAAAACCAUCUCACCUUUUUCUCUCUUUCUGUCUGAAAACUUUCUAUGUGCAUCCAAAAGAAUGAACUUGUAAGUUUGAAACAGCAAAGACUUUGAGAGGAGAAGUAGAGAGCUAUCUUCCCAAAUCCUAAACCUAAUCCUAAUCCUGUCUACCUCUCAACUACAUAGUCAGCCCCCAACAGCUUCGCUUCUCUUUCUUGUGGCAAUCACCUUUUGCUGCAUGCAACUUCAUUUUGGAGACUGGAGAAAAAGAUAAUCGGAUGUUGGUAAGCAGUAACUUUCAAUACUUGUCGGCUGCCUGAGAAAGGAUGCCAAACCAGCUAUGGUUUGCACUGCUAAUGAUUUGUCAGCAUGGAAGGAUUUCCCAAAGGGUCUCAGGGUCCUUCUUCUUGAUGAGGACAGCAAUUCUGCUGCCGAGAUAAGAUCAAAGCUUGAAGCUAUGGACUAUAUUGUUUAUACCUUCUGCAAUGAAAAUGAAGCUCUGUCGGCAGUUUCAAGUAGGCCUGAAAGCUUCCAUGUAGCCAUUGUAGAGGUUAAUACAAACAAUAACAAUGGGAGUUUCAAGUUUCUUGAAACUGCUAAGGACUUGCCUACCAUUAUGACUUCAAACAUUCAUUGUAUCAGCACCAUGAUGAAGUGCAUAGCGCUUGGUGCAGUUGAGUUUCUUAGGAAACCACUCUCCGAGGAUAAACUAAGAAAUAUAUGGCAGCACGUGGUUCAUAAGGCAUUCAAUGCAGGGGGGAAGGACCUUUCUGAAUCACUAAAGCCUGCUAAAGAAUCUGUGGUUUCUAUGUUGCAUCUACAAAUGGAAAAUGGAAUUCCUAUGAAUGAAGACUCAGACAAAAUAGAAGAUGCAUCUUUGGUUUAUGAAAUUGACCGUCAACCAUCACCAGGAAGUGAUAAGUACCCAGCUCCAUCAACUCCACAAUUGAAACAGGGAGAACGAUUGUUAGAUGAUGGGGAUUGCCCAGAACAUACCAAUUGCUCAACAGAAAAAGAGAGUGGGGAGCAGGAUGGAGAAUCUAAAUCUGUCGAAACUACCAGUGGCAAUGCAAUUGCUGAAGUAACUGCACCUGUUGGCCAACCUCAGGGAUCAAGGGAGACUGAGGUAAAAGAGGUGGCCGACUUAGUUGAUGGUAACAAGGGUGAGAGUACUGUGCACUCUCACCCCAAAAACAGAGUAAAUAGGAAAGAUUCUCAAGCUGGUGCUGAAAAGCCAAGUACAGUUUCUGGUCUUCAUAGUUCAUGUCUGAAUAAAGCUAAUCGAAAAAAAUUGAAGGUAGACUGGACACCUGAAUUGCAUAAGCAAUUCGUCCAGGCAGUGGACCAACUGGGUGUGGAUCAAGCCAUCCCUUCUCGAAUACUAGAGCUGAUGAAAGUAGAAGGCUUGACAAGGCAUAAUGUGGCAAGUCAUCUACAGAAAUAUCGAAUGCAUAGGAGACACAUUUUGCCUAAGGAGGAUGAUCGAAGAUGGCCACAAAGAGAUCAAACACAAAGAAGUUGUUAUCCACAUAAACCGAUCAUGGCCUUCCCUCCUUAUCACUCUAAUCAUGUUGUCCCGGUUGGUCCUCUCUAUCCCAUGUGGGGAGCACCUCCUCAUCCAGCCAACAUCCAGAUGUGGGGCUCACCAGGUUACCCACCAUGGCAACCAGCUGAAAGUUGGCAUUGGAAGCCCUAUCCAGGGUUUCAGGCUGAUGCAUGGGGUUGCCCUGUUAUGCCCCCUCCUCCCGGAUAUUGUUCUGCAUUCACUCAAAAUGCAUCCGGGUUUCAUUGUUCUAGCACCAUGGAUAACAGAAGUGGCAUGCCUCAAAACUCUGUUGAACAUCAGCCGGCAGAGGAGGUUAUUGACAACGUAGUGAAAGAAGCAAUAAACAAGCCAUGGUUACCAUUGCCCUUAGGCCUCAAGCCUCCUUCUACUGAAGGUGUGCUAGCUGAGCUCUCUAGACAAGGCAUCUCCGCCGUCCCUCCUCACGUCAACGGCUCUAAUUCCUGAUGACGUGGCACCAGAUCACCAGGCCCCACCUUCAUGCAUCCAGAUUUUUAUGUCACAGGCUCGGACAGCCCCACCUUUGCUGCACUUCCCAAAUCAAGCCACCAACCCCAAAGAAAACAAAGAACAUUUGACGGUACGCGCCUUUGGAGCGCGUGGUUCAAGGUUUAUAUGUUGCUGACAUCAUGCACACGACGACACAGAAAACGAAAAAAGGGUCAAAAAUCUGAUCCAAUGUAGAGCCACAGGGAAAAGAUUAAAUACGGUCGCUUUCUAGGUAGACAAAACGGACGGAUUAGGAACGGCCACGUAGAUGCGAUUUCCACCCCAUUUGAGAUAUGUGGUUGUAAAUAGUUUUCUAACACGAGACAUGACAUGAACAGUUGUUGUUGUCGGGGGCCCUUUUGUUUGUUUUUGGUUCAUGGGACAUUUUUUUUUUGCUCAGGUGGGGCCUACUGGGAAAUGCUGUACAAUGUAAUAUGGAAAGUUGGAGAAGGGUGAUCUGUCAUCUUUGUGAAUAAAGUUUGACACGAAAGCUUAAUUGGAUGCUGACUUUAUCUCA